AUGUCCACCGGGUCUCUCAGCGACGUCGACGACGAGCUCCUGGACGGCAUCCUGAAGUUUGGCUCCUCCGGUAAAGACUCCAACGAGAGUACGGAGGAGAGCUCCAACGGCGAGGGCACAUGCGCAGACGACGCGCCGGGCAAGAAACGGAAAACAGCGUCCCGGAAAACGGCACCCAAGGGUGUGGCACAGCAGGAGGGAAAGCACGGGCAGAGAAACGCGGCCAACGCCCGAGAGAGAGCCAGGAUGCGCGUCCUGUCCAAAGCGUUCUCCCGGCUGAAGACGACCUUACCCUGGGUACCAGCGGACACCAAGCUCUCCAAACUGGACACACUUCGCCUGGCGUCCAGUUACAUCGCGCACCUCCGCCAGAUAUUGGCCAACGACAAAUAUGAAAACGGAUAUAUCCAUCCCGUUAACCUGACGUGGCCUUUCAUGGUUGCUGGUAAGCCGGAGAACGAGUUGAAGGAGAUGCUGAGCACGACGAGGUUAUGUGGAACAACGGCGUCUUGA